AUGCUGUUCAACACUCUUUUGGCGGCGGCCGCUCUGGCCAGCACCGCCUUCGCGGCUCCUGCUGAGAAACGCCAAACUUCUCGCAAGAUGAAGUGGUUCGGAAUCAACGAGUCUGGUGCCGAAUUUGGCGAGAAGAACUUCACAGGUGUCUAUGGAAAAGAAUACACCUGGUACGAUCUCAACACCAUCGACAAGUUCAUGGACGAGGGAAUGAACAUGUUCCGUUUGAACUUCCUAAUGGAGCGCCUAACCCCCAACUCCCUCACCGGCGCCUUCGACCCCCUCUACCUCGGCAACCUCACCGAGCAAGUAAACCACAUAACCUCCAAAGGCUCGUAUGCCAUGAUUCAACCUCAUAAUUAUGGCCGCUUCCUAGGCAACAUCAUCACCGACACCUCUGCGUUCAAAACGUGGUGGACCAACGUGGCCGCAGAAUACAAAGACAACGACCUCGUAGUCUUCGACACAAACAACGAAUACCACGACAUGGACCAACAGCUCGUCUUCGACCUAAACCAAGCCGCCAUCGACGGCAUCCGCGCCGCAGGCGCCACAAAACAAUACAUCACCCCCGAGGGCAACAGCUGGACCGGCGCGUGGACGUGGAUUAGCUCUGGUAACGGCGCCAGCAUGGUUAACCUGAAAGACCCCCAGAACAAACUCGUGUACCAAAUGCACCAGUACCUCGAUACCGACGGCUCUGGUACUUCGGCCACAUGUGUUAGCGCCACGAUUUUCAAAGAGAGACUCCAGGCUGCGACUAAGUGGCUUAAGGAUAAUAAGAAACAGGGUGUUAUUGGUGAGUUUGCGGGCGGGAAUAAUGCGCAGUGUAUUUCUGCGUUGCAGGAUGGACUCAAGUACAUGGGUGAGAAUAGCGAUGUUUGGCUGGGAGGGAUUUGGUGGGCGGCGGGGCCGUGGUGGGCCGAUUAUAUUUAUAAUAUGGAGCCUACGACGGGAGUUGCUUGGACGGGAAUCUUGCCCAAGAUCAAGAGUUACUUUUUGUAG